AAUAGGAUCGCUGUGUAUAUGUGGCCUCGAGAAUUCGAAUGGUAGCCAAUCAGAACUCACGAUCGGAAGUAAGCAGCCAAUCACAGUAGACGUUGAAGCAAAGCGGGACGUUCUGAAUGAGAGCUCGGAAGUUUUUUUUGUUUGUUUCUUCAGUUUGGUUUUUUCAUCUCCAUUUCGGUUGAUCAUUGAGGAUUAAACCGAAACAAAUGCGGAUUAAUGUUGCUUGGGACGCCCUGUAACUUAUAUCGGCUACGUUUUUGGAGUUUCUAAGACUAACUGCGGCCGUGUGGGCUGCUUGCUGAAACAUGGAGGAGUUAUACACCUUGGACAGGGAGGUGGGUAGGGGCAGCUAUGGUGUUGUGUUUGAGGGCCACAUGGCCAAAACGGGACACAGGGUGGCUAUUAAACGGCUGCCCUGCAGCAACCCAGAAUGCAUUGAGCUCUACCUGCAGGAGCUGUGGGCCAUGAGAGCCACCGCCAAGAACCAUGUCAACGUCAUUGCUCUGCACAGCUGCCUCCUUCAGACCGGAUCCAGGAGCCUGAAGCCCCUCAAACCUGGAAAACUCCCCCUGCGACUUGUGGAGACCGUGCUCAAGGGGAGUGUGGUGAACCCGCAGAAAGGUUGUAGAAGCAAGAGCUUGUUGAACACCCCGAGGAGGACGAACUCUGCUUCCAGACUUCAGGACAAGACCAACACGGUGCUGGGUAGAAAAAAAUCUGAGGAGGGGAGGAAAUCGACUAGUUCUGAUUCCUUGACCCCGCAGCGACCUCCGAGCCGAGCCAUGAAGAGGUCAGCCCAGAGAGAGUUGGAGGAGGAGGAGGAGGAAGCAGAGCAGGCUGGAUCUCUGCGCUGCCUGGCCCUGUGGCUGGUCAUGGAGUACUGUGAUGGAGGUGACCUGAACCAGUACCUGCUCUCUAGACCCCCGGACGCCGACCGCAACCACAGCGUGGUGCUGCAGCUCUGCAGCGCCAUGGCCUUCCUGCACGCCUUGGGCAUCACCCACCGAGACCUGAAGCCGGACAACGUCCUGGUCUGCGUGACGCCCAAAGGCCCCGUUAUCAAGGUGGCGGAUUUCGGCCUGAGCAAGAUGAGCGGCGCCGUGGCGAACGGCGAGCGGUGCCGGCAGCACUUCUCGUCCACGUGCGGCUCCGACUUCUACAUGGCCCCCGAGGUGUGGGGCGGGCUGAGCUACACGGCCCAGGCGGACAUCUUCUCCCUGGGUGUGCUGUUCUGGGCCGUCUUGGAAAGGAUCACCUUCGUGGAGGAGGGGACGACGCAGGAGCAGCUGGGUGCCUACGUGUGUAAGGGCCGGUGGCUGAUGCCCCUGGGGGAGGCUCUGUGGGAGAACGCCGACCUCCAGCUGUGCAUCCCUAUGAAGUUUAAGAGGGCGCCGCCGCUGCCGCCUCCUCCCGGUCCGUCCGUGUGUGCCCUGCUUUUGGACAUGCUGGCCUUGAACCCGGAUGCCCGGCCCUCGGCGGACCAGAUGGAGGCCAGGGUGCGCUCCGCUUUGAGAGACGACUCCCACUGACGGACCCUAGAGACGGGAACGGCUUGGCGAAACCAAACGUGGCGCGUUCCGACUGCAGCUGUUCCUGUACUGCCUGAACCAGAACGUUUGAAGGCUAUGCUAUGGGAACGUGAUACUAAAACACUCAGUGGUAUGUUGGUCCUCUGCUUCAUUUAAGGUCUUAAUGAGUUUUGUUUCACCUGCUAUUAAAAAAAAAA